AUGACCGACGUCCCGAUCGGCAACUGGGACCAAUUAGAGAUCCCCCGCUUGCUCCACUCGACGCCUUCCGCCAAGCCCGCUGCCGGCCAAGGGCAAAGCAACAAAAGUUUGUCCAAGGAAGGCAUGGUGACGAUCUCGGUCUCCCACCCUGAAGCCAAGGGAGGACGGUCUGGCAAGUUCAAUGAGUGGAAUGAGGCGAAAAAGCUGGAAGAGCCUGAAUCCAAGCCUACACAGGGCUGGGUUGCAGUUUCUUCCGCAGAGUCCAUUUCGUCGUGCGGCGGUCGGUGGGGCCUGCCCAUCAAGCAGAGAAAGUCAACAGCAGGUGGUGGGGAGAACUCCACGGCGGUUUCCCCACCACAUGGCCAUCCGUCCCGCAUUGACAUCGACGAGAAGAGGCACGGUCAGAGGCGAGCGAAUCGUGCCUCGGCCCAAUUCUCCGGCCGACGGGGCGCUGGCCGGUUGUUUGCAUUCCACGGGGAGGGCACGAACAAGAAGCUCCAUCUUUGA